GCAGAAGACGUGAAGUUCCAAAUUAAGAAAUUUGAUAGUACAAAUUUUAGUUAGUGGAAGAUGCAUAUUGAAGAUUUGCUGGUUCAAAAAUAUUUGGAUGUGGCAUUAGGAGACAAAUCAGAAAAGAUGUCGGAUGCAGAUUGUGCAGGUUUGAAUCGGAAAGCAAUGUCUGUGAUCCGACUCUCGUUGACCAAGAAUAUUGUGUUCAACAUUCUGAAGGAGCUAGAAGACAUCGAAGGGAACUAUGGAAGCGUGACUUUGAAGGGUGUCAAAGUGGUUCCAUCUUUGAAGAAAAAAUGGGUUUCUGUUAGGCAGUUGGUUAAAGAAGGACACGAUGUAACGUUUAGAGACAGACAAUGGAAGGUCUUGAAGGAAAAUCUUGUCAUGGCCCACAGAAGGAAGAGAGAAGGCAGAGCUGCAGAAGUGCAGAACCAAACCGACGAACUGGACGAAGGCAGAACCGCAAAAGAAAUCCGACGGACAGGAUUUUUGAAUUCUUUCAAUUUUGAGCCCUUCUUCUGUGCUUCUUCAUCCAAUCUUCGGAUCUUCUCUCGUUGUCUAGUCUUCCCUGGCUCCGCCACUGUAUGGUACCACCUUGUCAAGAUGUUUGUGUGGCUAGAAAUGCAAACAAGACAGUAGACAAAUCAGAGAUGCAAAGAAGGAAGAGCCAUACAAGAAUGGGACACACACAGAGAUGCGAUGUAAGGACCAAGAGAGAUGCGGUUGCACCAGAGGAUUGAAAAUAAAGAGAUUAUACAGAGUGCUUAUUAUAUUUGUAGAUAGGUUUUAGGUUAUAAAUAUUCAGGUUUGGG